CUUGAAGUUAAUGUACUACGCGUUCUAAUGAAGUAUAAUGGUCAAACAAUGCAACCAUCACCUGAAAGUCCAACAGAACAGUAUCACAACACAAAGUAAACGAGAGAUUUUCUUAGUAAAACUUCCAGAUUAGCAUGAUAAUACAGUUUAUUAAUGUUUACUGACUAUUACUGGUUUAUAGGCCCUGAAAAAGAAAUUAUUUUACAACUAUUCAUCGGAUCUUUACAAACUGCCUGAUUAGUAUAUGGUCAUUCAUAUUAAUAAUGAUAAUAAUCAUUUGAUUCUCAUGAUUGAAUUAUCUCCUCAUGUACUUCAGAUAACACCAUGCAAUUUAUGUAUUUGUUUUAACUAUGAAAAAAUGACAGAAACUGCUGAAUCAGAACAAAAAUUAUCCGAUCCAUUUAUUCCAUGGGGUUUUCCAAAUGAAUUAAAUUUAUGUAAAGCAGCACGUCAUGCUGAUAUAAAAGCUGUAAGCAAAUCUAUUGCAAACGGAGUGAAUGUAAACUUUAUUGAUGGUUUUGGUAAAACAGCAUUACACUAUGCAGCCGCAAAUGGAAGUUAUGAAUCAGUGAAACUUCUUGUCGCUAAUAAAGCGAAUGUAAAUAUAUGGGAUUCGAAUGGAACUACACCAUUACAUAUGGCCGCUAAAGGAAAUCAUACAAGAGUGGUAAAAUUCUUACUUAUGUCUGGGGCAGAUAUUAAUCAUCAAUGUAUUAGUGGCGUCAAGCCAAUCGACUUAGCAAUUUAUAAUUCCGAAACUUGGAAAGUUUUAUUGGAUGCUGCAAACGGUGAUCUACCUAAAAUUGAACAUUUAAUACAAACACGUACAGUUCCUCUAAUUCCCCAAUUUACAAUACAACGAGAAAUUGAUAAACAAGCUAAGGCGAAUGAAAAGAAAGGUGGAACGAAGAAAAGUGGAAAGAAGAGUGGUAAAAAAAGUGGUAAAGGCAAAAAGAAGAAAUGAUCAAUUUCUCCAAUAUUAUGUGAAAAUUUAAAGUACUUCUACCGUCUUGUUUACAUUCAUGCAUACAUUAUAUACCUGUACAACAUGGUAUGCAUAUUAAUAAAAUCUAUUAUUAUAAAUUUAUCAUUUGAACACUAAAUAAAGUAGAAAAGAAAGCAAUCAAGUCAUGAAUGACAGAAAUGCAAAAAAGAUGGGCAGAUGGAAAGUCAAUGAGUACAUAAAGGUCAAGAACUGCUCUCACGUUUACAAUUGUUGUUACGAUUAUUUAUUGUAAAAAUAUACUAACAUAAAAACAUGGAUAUGUAGUGAGACGUUAAUUGUUUAUUUCGACUUACUACUCAUACUACUCAAAUAUUAUAAGUAGCAUAAACAUAAUUACAAUUAUUGUAAUCGUGAUGAGAU